AUGAUGCGGCUGUUCAACUUCGGCAGCCGCAGCACUACACAGGCCAUCGAACAACUGCGAGACUCCGCCAAGGAUCAAAUUCAGGCGACUGCGCAAAACGCGAAGGCAGCCAUCGACGUCGCCACGAGUUACGUGGGCACUGCCAUUCCGCAGAUGCGCGCGGCUAGAGACACAAUGUCUGACACUGUGGCUGCAAUCCGAGACCGUGGCACGCUUUUUCAUGACGCCAAAACCACAGUCGUCUCCGCUGCAGCCACCGUUCGAGACGUGUUAAUAGCCACCGUCGAUAUUCCACCCAAACGUCUUCUUUUCCAGCAAGAGGCUCUUCAAAGACAAGAAGAGGCUCUUCGAGAGCAACAAAAAUAA